CCAGAACUUGAGUCUGGCGCCUUAGACCACUCGGCCAUCCUGACUUGAUAUUCAUUAAACUUGCAAUUUGAUACCUCUUCAUUCAGAAAAUCAUUCUUUUAAGUUCAUGAUUCAAGAAAAACUCUCUUCUGAAGUGAAAGAAGAAAAAGAUAAAUUUCCUUUUCGUUGAAUCCGAUUUCUUGUUCAAACUUCAAACACCUUACUCAUAGAAAUUUAUCGAUUAAGCUCAAUAAUAACCACCCAAAAAGCUCAGAUGGAAUCCCUCCCCCAUAUAUAGGAAUUGAUAAAAAUAAAAUCCAAUAUCAGCCUCAGUUUUUCGCUCAAACUAUUUCAAUGAACACCCCUCAAUUUCAGGCGGAAUCAAAUGAAUUGUUAUAUUUACUUACAAAGCACAACCCACAAGAAUGCAGCAUUGAAAUCCGAAUAGCAGUAGGAUUUUUUGUUUUUCUUUCCCUUGUCGACUCAAUAAACGAAGCCCAAAUCAUUCAAGGAACAAAGGGGUUACUGAUUGGGCAACAGAAAACCCCUAAAUUCGAUUCAAUCUCGUAGAUUAUAGCUCCCAGAUCCAUCUUCCAACCAUGGUUUCUGUAGCAAAGUUCAAAUCUUUCGAUUUUUUCAGAAAAACUCCAAGAGAUUUGACAGAAGCAUCGUUAUCAGGUGCUGGAAUUUCCGUUGUAGCAGCUAUUUCCAUGUUUUUUUUGUUUGGAAUGGAGAUACAUAAUUUUUUGACAAUUAGUACUUCAACUUCUAUUGUAGUUGACAAAAGUUCCAUUGAGGAAUCCUUACGCAUUGAUUUUAACAUAAGUUUCCCAGUUUUAUCAUGCGAAUUUGCAUCCGUGGAUGUGAGCGAUGUUUUGGGAACAAACAGAUUAAAUAUAACAAAAACAAUUCGAAAAUAUUCAAUCAAUCAAAAUUAUCAUCCUUCAGGCUUUGAGUAUGAUACGGGGCCCAUUUCUUAUGCUCUUAAGCAUGAUCAUAAGGUUGAAGAGGGAUAUGGCGAUGGAUCUAUUCCAUUAAAUUCACGUAAUUUUGAUAAAGUCACUCAUGAUCAUCCAAUUGUGGUUGUGAAUUUUUUUGCUCCUUGGUGCCAUUGGAGUAACCUUUUGAAACCCGCAUGGGAGAAAACAGCAAAAGUUAUGAGACAAAGAUAUCAUCCAGAAUUUGAUGGGCGUAUUAUUAUCGGAAGUGUUGAUUGCACUGCAGAAGCUGAUAUGUGUAAAAAGCAUCAUAUACAAGGGUAUCCAUCUAUUCGUAUAUAUCGUAAAGGGAGUGAUAUUAGAGAUGGAUCUCAUGGAGUACACAUUCAUGAAACAUAUUAUGGAGAUAGAGAUACAGAUACUUUGAUACUUAAAUUCGAUAACAUGGCUUCAGCUAUUAAAUUAAAUUCCGUAAAACGUUCUUCAGCCGCAACUACAGAAUAUAUACAAGUUAGACCCGCGCCACCUCAAGAAGGUUGUAGGAUUGAAGGUUUCGUACGUGUCAAAAAGGUUCCGGGAAAUCUUAUAAUCUCAGCAAGUUCAGCAGCCCAUUCAUUUGAUGCGUCACUAAUGAACAUGUCACAUAUGAUUUCAAAAUUUUCUUUUGGUUCGACAAUUACUCCUAUAAUGAUGAGUGAUAUGAAAAGAUUAGCACCUUAUCUUGAUGAAGUUCACAAUAGGUUGAAUGGCCACGCGUACGUCACCAAGCUAGAAGAUCGUGCAAAUGUUACUAUAGAGCAUUAUCUUCAAGUGGUGAAAACGGAGGUGAUGGGAUUAUCACAUCAAUUAAUUGAGAAUUACGAGUACACUGCACAUACAAGCUUGAUACACGCUCCUUCAAUCCCUGCAGCAAAGUUUCAUCUUCAGUUUUCACCAAUGCAGGUUUUGAUAACCGAAAACUCCAAGUCAUUCUCUCAUUUCAUCACCAACUUGUGUGCCAUUAUCGGUGGUGUCUUCACGGUUGCUGGAAUAUUGGAUUCGAUUCUGUACAACACGUGUAAAUUGGCGAAAAAAGUCGAACUAGGGAAGAAUUAUUAGCUUGAAGCUAAGCCUGGGAUAUGCGAGUUGGUUGAUAAAAAGAAUUACAUUUUUUGAAGGCAUUUUUAACAUAGAAUUCCAUUUUUGGAUAUGGAGCUAAUUUUAGCUUGUAUACAAGGUUUAAGGGCGUAAGACAAUAGCCCGUAGAUGGUUACACGUACGGAUAGAAUGAUAGUUUAUAUGUUUGUAUAACUAGAGCCAAUAUUUAUUUUUUGUUUAUAUUGUAUGAAAAUUCAUUAUAAAUUUAAAAGAAAUGUUAGUGUAUAGCCCAUUGUGAUUAGCCUUGUAUAGCCCAAUGUAUUUGUGUAUAUAUGAAGUGAUGUAACGCUUUAUGAAAUCAAUUGAUAACAGUGCC